CCGGGCACGGCGGCAUCCUCUGGCGCGGCCAUCGCCGGGCUGCUCCAUGGAGAAGCGGGGCCCGGUGCUGCACAUCGUGGUGGUGGGCUUCCACCACAAGAAGGGCUGCCAGGUUGAAUUUUCUUAUCCUCCCCUAAAACCUGGAGAAGGACAUGACAGCCAGAGUUUACCGGAGGAAUGGAAGUACUUGCCAUUUCUUGCCUUACCGGAUGGCGCCCACAACUAUCAGGAAGAUACAGUGUUUUUCCAUUUGCCUCCAAGAUGCGGGGAUCGAACCACGGUGUAUGGUGUCUCUUGCUAUCGGCAGAUUGAAGCAAAGGCAUUAAAAGUACGACAAGCAGACAUCACCCGAGAAACUGUACAGAAAAGUGUCUGUGUUCUCAGCCAGCUGCCUUUAUAUGGAUUACUUCAGGCAAAGCUGCAACUCAUCACACAUGCGUAUUUUGAAGAAAAAGACUUCUCACAAAUUUCAAUUCUAAAGGAACUUUAUGAUCAUAUGAAUAGUUCCUUGGGCAAUACUUCGUUAGAAGGGUCACAAGUUUAUCUUGGUCUGUCUCCUCGGGAUCUUGUUCUCCAUUUUAGACACAAGGUCUUGAUCCUUUUUAAAUUGAUUCUUCUAGAGAAAAAGGUGCUGUUUUAUAUUUCUCCUGUAAAUAGAUUGGUGGGAGCUCUGAUGACUGUCUUAUCACUCUUUCCUGGUAUGAUUGAACAUGGUCUUAGUGACUGCUCACAGUACAGACCAAGAAAGAGCAUAUCAGAGGAUGCUGGCUUGCGGGAAAAUACACCACGGUUGGAUGACUGUGUUUCGGUGUCUGCUGCUGAUGCUUCAAAUGCAAACUUAGGAAUGGGAAAGGGAGACAGGAAGAUGGCAGGAAAUAAUUCGCUGGAAGGUCAAAAAGCAAAUGUGCCUUUCUCCCAGCCCGAGAAGACUUGCAAUGGAGCUCAGUCCUCCAGCAGUACUGUGCAGCGCUUGAAAGUUCCUUCCCGUGCUUCUCCGGCGUCCUCAGAAAGUGACUGGGAGACCCUAGAUCCCAGCAUUUUGGAGGAGUCUACUUUGAAAGAAGGAGAACGUGAGAAUCCAGCAUCAGAACAGGCGGAAAAUCUUCAGAGCAAUGGCAUGAGCUCCGAAGGCCUCCCCAUCACUGUGCAGCCCCAGGCAAACACUGGGCACAUGGUGCUUGUUCAAGGAUUGGUGUCUGGGUUGGAAGAGGACCAGUAUGGGAUGCCACUGGCUAUUUUUACAAAGGGGUACCUUUGUUUGCCGUACAUGGCGCUGCAGCAGCAUCAUCUCCUGUCGGAUGUGACAGUCCGCGGCUUUGUUGCGGGAGCUACCAAUAUCCUGUUCCGUCAGCAGAAACACCUGAGUGAUGCAAUUGUGGAAAUAGAAGAUGCUCAUGUGCAAAUCCACGAUCCAGAACUCCGUAAGAUCCUGAACCCGACAACUGCUGACCUAAGAUUUUCAGAUUACUUGGUGAAGCAUGUAACUGAGAACAGAGAUGAUGUAUUCCUUGAUGGCACUGGAUGGGAAGGAGGAGAUGAGUGGAUCAGGGCUCAGUUCAGUGCUUAUCUUCAUGCACUACUUGCUGCUGUGCUGCAACCAGACAAUGAAAAGAUAUUGUCAGACUUUGGAACAGCAUUUGUAACAGCCUGGAAAAAUACCCACAACUACAGAGUAUGGAAUAGCAAUAAGCAUCCAGCUCUUGCAGAGGUAAAUUCUAGCCAUCCGUUCCAGGGACAGUACUCUGUAUCAGAUGUUAGGUUAAGGUUGUCACACUCAGUGCAAAACAGUGAACGUGGAAAGAAGAUUGGAAAUGCGAUGGUUUCUACAAGCCGGAAUGUGGUACAAACAGGAAAAGCUGUAGGUCAGUCUGUCGGAGGAGCCUUCACAAGUGCAAAAUCAGCAAUGUCAUCAUGGUUUUCCACUUUCACACACUCAACCCAAAGCCUCGGGGACUAAGUGCUGGUUUGGUGGAAUGCUGCUGACUAUUUCAGGUGCAAUCUUCCUCUGAGCUGUAAAAAGACCACUCCAAAAUGUAGGAGUGGAGAUUACCUACCCAGGACCAAAAUAAGGUAUAUGUUGCUUGCAAGCAGAUGUGGAAUGUUAUUAGUCACUUUCCCUAGAAGUAUAGAAGAAUGUUGAGUGUCACCAUGCAAUGGGAUGGCAUUUGCAGUGUAUUGGUUAUAUUUAAAAUGACUACUUCUCUUUAAAACUGAGCCUUUAUAAAGAUAAUAGCAAACAGGGCUUGUUGCAAGCCAAAUGUGUUUGACUUUAGAUUUGUACAUUUUCUUGGAUGUUGAAGAUAUUUAUGUAAAGUAGUUCUAUUUUUCAAUCCAGAUAGUCAAAUGUUUGUGAAUUCUUGUUAGAAAUAAGCAGAAUAUAAAUAAUAAUUCCUCUUUUAGGUUGGAUUUGAGAAGGUCUCUGCAGCCCUUAAAGGGUCGAAUUUUCACACUUUUACCUGCAAAUUAAAAUCAACAAGGUGCAGAGUAAGACUAUGGCUGACAAAGUUUUUUUCUUCUCUAUCCCCUGUAUCCAUGUAAAGUUGUUGGAAUCUAUCUCUAGCUCUCUUUGUGUCUCCAAAUCUGUGUGACAGUUGCAAAAUCAGUAGGUUUUUUUCCUGUUAUGCAGUAGGCCUUCAUACCUUAGUGUAUGUUUUGGCUGAGUUUUUACCCUGGGAUGUGAAUAGGAUUCCAGUUGGAGAGAUCUCUUCAGGGAAAGAAUUACAAAGCAUUUCUCCCAAAUUGGGAUUGGAUCAUAGACAGUUUUGUAAGUUAAGAUGUAAUUACAACAUUAAUGUAGUUGCAUACGUAUGAAUAUGAAGUACUAAACCCACCCAAAACUAGCACAGUAGCAAACUCUGCGUUUCCCCCCUCCCCAGUAAAGUUAUGAGGACUCUUCCGAAUGAAAAUCAGCUAUGUGGAUUUUCUGUGUCGACUCAGGGAAUGUGCUGUUUGGAUAAUUGCUUUUUUCAUAAGGAACACUAGAAUUGAGAGUAACUAGAACAGCACAGUUCGUAUCCUUGUGUGAAGAAAUAUAAUAGUUAAUUUGAAAAGAUGUGGCAUAAUGCUUUAUUUCCUAUGUAACAUGCAUGUGGUGUUUUCUGUAUGCAAGCAUAUUGCACUUCUUACAUGUCUUGAUUCCAAGGGAGAUUAUUUCCUGCUUUCUUGCAAUGUGCGUGCCUCUAGAUGCCUUCUGAUAUCCCCAUAUGUCGCUCUUAACAUUUUCUACAUUACAUUAUCAAGUGUUCCAACCUUUCUGUACCAAAAGGCUCUUAGUUUAUUGCCUCAUCAAUAUCUGUCAGCAUUUUCCCGUGUUCUUUUCUGGGGCCAAGAUUUGUAGUCAUGGUUAUAUUUCCUGUUCCUCAAAUAAAAUGCAGCAGCUGUACAAGAGAUAAAUGAGAAGGCUCGAAUGUUUUUUAGGAAAUUAUGUUUGAUUUCCUUAUGUUCAUUUGUAAAGUUAAUAGGAAAGCCACACUUGCAUCAUGUUGUCACUGUCCAGCAACUUGGUUGUCAGUUUUUUUGCUUCAUUGAUUUGAAAACAUUGGAUCUGGUUUGAAGCCUUCUUUAAUUUUUUUUUUCAGGACAGACUAGAUAGAAUGACUGUGGAAAACCUAAAGGCAAACAGCCAGUUUGAGUAGUUUGAUCUGAGAAGGGCAAAAAAUGCCCCUAAAGCUCUACUAAUUCAUUGCUUCUGACACACAAUGUAUCUAUUGAUGUAUCUAUCAAACUGCAGCUAUUGCUCCUGGUUUCUGUGUCUUUGUAUUUCUCCUAAAACUUCUGAUGCUCUUCUCUGUUUUAUUCCACAACUCUGUAAUAGACAUUUAUAUCUUUUUAAAGACUAGAUAUUACUUUAAAAGCAGUGAAUUAAGACUAGAGCUGUUUAUUCAUGGUGUGUCUAGAGCUUUCUGAAUCAGCAUGCAAGUAAGAAAAUAACCCAAAAUAAUCACUUGCUUUUGUGGAAUGACUAACAUAUUAUCUGUGCUCUGGGAUUUGAGUGGUCAUGGUCUGUGUUGUAGUGAAGACUGAAGAAAGGUGCAUAAAGGAUUUAAGCACCUAUAAAACUAACUACAGCAACCUAAGGCAUACCUAGGUAGAUUUAGGCUUAGGAGCUCACAAUGGUGAUUUCUAGAAGCCAGGCAAGUGGUUGGUAUUUAUGUGUAACAGCUGUAGAAGCAGGACCUUCAAGGAUCCCUUUUCAAUAUCCUUGUCUUUGUCACCUCCUCACCUGAGUUCUUUUCUGUUGAAUUCUCAAAUGCUCCAAAUUUAUACGGCUGAUUUAUUAGCUCUCUGUAUUCCCCUUUUUAAGAACUAGCACCCCGCUAGCAAGUUGGACUUGGAUUUAAACUCAGCUUUAAACAGUGAUUAAGACUCAAUGAGUGAGUGGAGAUGAAGUGAUCAUCAUAAUUAGUUGUUUUCAUUAACAUCUACAUUUGCUCUCCAACAUUUGCUUAAGCUUACUUUUGUAGGAAGGCAUGCAGCCACCGAGAUUUGUCUAAGCUCAUGUAGUUCUCUUCUUAACUUAGUGCUUGUAACCUCUUUAGUUAAAUCCAAUGCAAAUGCAAGUUUUCCUCUACUCUGCUUUAAUAUUUCCAGUGCGUGCAUUAUUAAUUAUUCAGAAAGGUUUAGGCAGUUGACUUCCAUUUCAAAAGCCCUGACAUCUAUUUCUGCACUGUAAGAAACAAUGGGUCCAAAGUGAAUUGGUGAUAGUGCCUCUAAUCAGUCAGCUGUGAAGGUAUUGUUACAGCUCUGUCAUGAUUUGAUGUUGCAAAGGUAUUUCUGGCUGUCAACAUGCAGCACACACUGACUUACAGGUAACACAAUAGCACACCUCUCAAUUUUCUCUCAUCACAGGCAUCCACCUCAGCUUUUUGUAUGUGCCAGCUUUUGAGGAACUGUCUGUUGAGCACAAAUAUGAGAUGUAAGUCCCCAGAACCCCACAAAACUUAAGUGUUGCUGACCUUAUAUUUUGUUUGAUUGAAGUGUUCAGCAUCUUUCAUCAGUCAUUUUCCUGUCAUAACCUUAAUUCCUGUACAAAUCUCAUACCAGUUUCCUCAAAUGUCACAAUUUAAUUAGAAUUUUUAGGUCAGUGUUCUGAUAUGUUGCACUAGUUUGACUUUGUACUUCUGUUUCAAGCACCUUUGUAAUUAAAUAAAAUAUUUUGCCUAAACAAGCUUCUGAUUUCCAUACAAAUUAUUGCUAAGCAGAGAAAAAAAUGUGGCAGUAUUUAAUUCUAAAAGUGAAGGUGUGAAUGCUGUUUUUAAAAAUAGGAACUGUUGCUUGACAAUUGAACACACAAGUAAUGUAUUUGAUUUUUCCUGUACUGCUUGAAAAAUAAAAUACAUCCAGCCUGUUUAAAGUUCCAUCUGCUUAGAAAGCUGUACUAUUGUAAUAAAUUAAUUCUACCCAAAGACACUUGCAGGUGUCUGGUUUUGAUAUUGGUAGCUGCUUGUAAUUCACUGGCAGUCUUCUUGAAGUUUGUCUUCCAUUUAAACUGAUUGUGAAUGCUGCUUUUUGCAAAUUUAAGACAAAAGGAUCCUCUAGAGUGACUUUUUAUUCCCUGUGGGGUGCUGCUUGUUGUGAAUUGAUUCAAGUCCUCAGGAGGUCACAGACCUCUCUCACAUCAAUAAGAAUUUCAAGUACAACUAAAAAUUUGGUGUAGAUUUAGCUUCAAAGUAACUUGUAGUUUCUGUGUAUUGUGACAUCUGGUCAAAAUCAAGAUGUUGUGUAAAUUAAUUGCUGCACAUCCAGUUCUCUGCCAUAGUGAGCUGUUUUAAAACUUCAGAACUUCUACGGCAGCUGUCACUGUACCUGUCUGAGAAUGAUUUGGUAAAUGGGUUUUCCAGGAGGAAACUGACUGCCUUGGGUAACAUUUAGAUGUGAAUUAGACGAAGGUUAUGUCUAGAGAAUGGUUGCAAUUCCCUAAAAUUUGUUAAGGUUUUUCCGACCAUGUGCAAGUAAUUGUGCAAAGAUGCUGAAAGAUAAAUUUAAGUCAUGCUUUUUAUGCACUGCAAUUUCACUUUCUUGCCGGUAUUUGGUUUUCAUUUAAAAGGGUAACAUGGAGAGUAUGCAUUAAAGGGAGAAACACUACUUGAUUAUAUUAUGA